AUGAAAGAAAUCGAGGUGGGCGCAUCACCAGCUGCCUACCUCGAAGAUGGGGCGAUUCGCUGGGGUAACGAGAUGCUCCUCUUGUCCAACAUCCUCACAUUCCAGCCAUCCAGUAGUGACGAUGGCCCUCGAAUCCAAAUCAUCACCUACGAGACAGCGCCGAAAAAUCGGCGGCAAGAGCGGAAUUAUUUGCUGAAAUUCAAAUCGAAUAAAGUGGCUGAUGAGUGGAGUGAAAAACUGGAAGCAAAAUUGAAGCGAAGGAUACCACCACACCUUGUCGACCGGAAACUGCGAAACCGGGUGCUGGUCCUAGUCAAUCCAUAUUCAGGCCAGAAGAAAGCAAUCAAAUGCUGGGAAGAGGAGGCAAAGCCAACGCUGGAAAAAGCUAAAAUUGAUUAUGAUCAUCGGGAGACAGAACAGGUUGGACACGGUACAGCAAUAGCCCUGGAAUGCCCGAUCGAUCGAUAUGAUGCUGUAUUAAUUGUUAGUGGGGAUGGAUUGGUGGCAGAGUUUGUCAACGGACUCCUCCUCCGUAAAGACCGUACCCGUGCCCUAAAAAUACCAAUCUGUCAUAUCCCUGGCGGUACCUCAAAUGCCCUCGCUGCAGCUGUAUGUUUUGUUUGCAAUGAAAAAUUCCCAGCUUGGAAUCUAUUCCCUCGCGAGAUGACAUUAAUGGUAGCUCGUCCAAGGUUCAUGCCAUUGAGACUAUUCCGCGUCGAUACUGAAUACAACGGGUCGAAGCCAAUGUUCCUUAGUGCUGCAUGGGGCCUAAUUGCAGAUAUCGACAUUGGAAGUGAGCGGUUCCGGUGGGCGGGGUUAAUGCGUCUCCAUAUGGAGGCUUGGAUCCGGGUUAUGAGGUUACCUCAGACCUGCAAAUAUCGGUGUCGAAUUUCCUAUGUGCCGCUCGGUGACGAGAAGGUUGCUCGAAAAACAUUGUUAAAGUAUGACGCGGCACGUCACCUGUUUGGCCGUGACCAUUUUGAAUAUGCCGACAUUGAACCGGCGACUGGCCAAGAAGAAAUCCUUCAAGAACAUUUUUCUUCCUUGGAUGCGGCCCUGUGCGACCAAGAGAGUUAUGAGAUUCCACCCCUUUCCGAACCAUUCCGAUGGCCCCUUCAUCCCUCAUCUCGCCUUGAUGAUUCUUUUAUGUACUUGGCAUUAGUGGAAUGGGGCACGAUCAGGAACCGCUUCCAAAUUGCCGAUCUUCUUGUUAGAAUGGAUGGGUCGAAUCAUCUGUUAAACACUGCUUUCCAGCUAAUCCCUGUACGAGCCUGCCGUAUCGAGCCUAUAGGCCCUCAAGAAUGCUCGGGAUAUUUUGCAGUUGAUGGAGAGGCUCUGAAAAACAAUUCGAAAUUUCAGGUUGUCCCAAUCGCUCAUAGUGCAACGGUUAUCGGCCGAGACGAGGUG